AGAUAAUGACUGAAGUUGAGGCUGCUACCGAAAAACGACUUCAGUUUGAAGACAACGAAAGGGUUCUGUGUUAUCAUGGACCUCUUUUAUACGAAGCAAAAGUUCUAGACAAACAAUGGAUGGAAGAAGGGACUGAACAUCCAGGUCCUCAUUACUUGAUUCAUUAUAAAGGCUGGAAACAAACCUGGGAUGAAUGGGUACCUGAAACACGCGUAGUUCGAUGGAAUGAGCCGAACUUAAAGAUGCAACGUCAACUUAAAGAUCUAUAUAAUGUCCAUAAGACUUCCCGCGGAUCGUCCGCAUCGGCAAGCGAUUCAUCAGGCCCUGAACCCUACAAAGGACAAAAACGUAGCCGAGGAUCAAGCUUAGAAAAAGAAGAGGAUUAUUUGAAUAAGCCAGAAGUCAGACUUGAUAUUCCAGAUACUCUUAAAGGCCAAUUGGUAGAUGAUUGGGAGAAUGUGACUAAGAAUCAACAGCUGGUUACUUUACCAAGGAACCCAACCAUAAAUGAAAUACUGGAAAGUUACAGAAUAUACAAAAAAGAAAAGAGAAGUGGCCGAGAGAUAACUGAGGAUUUAUUGGAGGAAGUAAUGCAGGGUAUUCGUACAUACUUUAAUAAAGCAUUGGGAAAUAUGCUUUUAUAUCGUUUCGAACGUCAUCAGUAUGCCGAGACUCGCAAGACCUACCCACAAAAGGAGAUGGUUGAUAUUUAUGGCGCAGAGCAUUUAUUGCGAUUGUUUGUACAAAUGCCUACACUUAUUGCGCACACAGACAUGGAUUCAAACGGUGUAAUAGUGCUUACCGAAUGUUUGGCUGAUAUCUUAAAAUUUAUGCAAAAAAACCAAAAACAUAUAUUUAUGAGCCAGUAUGAGAACGCAAGCCCUGAUUAUGUACUACUCACCAACAACAGCUAGCCUGUUGGUAAACAGCACGAAAUAUCGGGUAGAUAUUUUUAACUUAUAUCUCCCUCCUAAUUUUUUUUCAUUUAUUGUGCUUAUCUUGUUGAAAUCCAUAGCCAUUUUUUGUAUGUAUAUCACUCUUUCACUCUUUGUCUCUUGCAUUAUAUAAACACUCCUUUACGAUAGUUUAAUAAUAAAAUAUCUUGAGCUCUACGUAAAGC